UCAAUUUCUCUCUCUCUCUCUCUCUCUCUCUCAUUAUGAUGAUUUUUUUAUGUUUCUCUAAAUAUAGCUGAGGUCAGUAUGUGAGUAUGGGAGUGUCCACCAGGAUGCUCCUCUUGUAUAAACAGAGGAACUGGGUCCUCUUGGAUGCAGACACCCCUAAAAAAGAGACAGACAGCACUGGAACAGGACCGUCGGUGCCCCACAGCUUUACGAGACUGUCCUCACAUACAGCUUCCACCAGAAUAGAUUUCCUGCCUUGCCGGUUGUCAUGGAAACAUUGGGUGCAUGGGUGACACAGCUGGAACACAAUGUGGACGAGGUGAUUGAGGUGGAUGUGGAGGUGGAGGAAGAGGAUGAAGAGGAAGAUGAGACCGAGGUAGUGGAUGAUGAUGUUAACGAGACACCACCACGUGUUCCAGAAGACACAAAGGAAGUGGAAUCAAAGGAUGAACAACUGGGUGAAUGUCAAAAGACAACCAGACUCUGGCAACCCACAAUCUACAGUAGCUUUGGAAAGGAAAAGUACUAUUUUGCUGGCCAUGAUAUUGAAAUCUACGAAGGCCUCGACACUUAUGGUGCCACGAUCUGGCCAGGGGCAAUAGCUUUAUGCCAAUACCUAGAUACGAAUCGUCAGGAAAUCAAUCUGAUGGACAAGACAGUAUUGGAAAUUGGGGCUGGAACCGGCCUUCUGUCGAUUGUGGCCUGUCUUCUGGGAGCACGGGUGCUGGCAACAGACAUGCCGGAUAUCCUAGGUAACCUGAGAAGCAACCUGAAACGAAACACCAAGGGGCGCUGCAGGUACACUCCUCAAGCGGGAGCUCUGUGCUGGGAGCAGGACCUGGAGAGCACCUACCCCCGUUCCGAGCACCGCUACGACUACGUCCUGGCAGCUGACGUGGUCUACAUUCACGACUUCCUCAACGACCUGCUGGCCACCAUGCGCCACUUCUGUCUUCCUGGCACCACCCUGAUCUGGUCUAACAAGGUCCGCUUCCAGGCCGACCUCCGCUUCUCAGAAAACUUCAAGAGUGCCUUCCACACCACGCUACUGGCCGAUCUGCCCGACGAAGAGAUCAAGAUCUUCAUGGCCACGAGCAAGGAAUAGACGCUUGUGGAGGACAUUUUAUUCAGUCGAUCUUGAGCUGAUUCUAGAAUGAAUAUGUCUAACAUUCCUCUGGAUUAGCACAACUUUCAGUAGGAUCCCUUUUGGCAACAGCUUUGAACAAAAAAAAAACAUUUUUUGAUAGCAUGUAGACAGAAGGCAACCAGGAAAGUGCUUUAAUGAACAAGGAAAACCUAGCAAUUAUCUUAGUGAAGAGUAAUGGCUAACUUUACAGUUAAACACUUCUUACAUUUGUUGUGCUGUUUACAUUUCUUUUCUAAAA